AUGGCACUCCUUCCCGAGACUCGCGAGAUUGCUAAAGCUAUCCUCGAGGCCGAUGAGCCUGUCAACUUGAAAGUUGCCAAGCUGAACAGCAUCUGGCUGCAGAACAACCUUGCCUCCCACGAGAAAAUGUUGCCCUCGAAGAUGAUGGUGCACCCCCACAAUCGUGGAGGCAACCUGAUGAACGGGCACGAUAUGCUCGCGAAAGGCUUGAGCAUGAUGGAGCAAGGAGUGCGUGUGGACCUCUUGGAGUCCAGUGCUGUGUGCUUCGCACUAUCUCGUGAUCUCCAAAAACGCCAGGAGCAGAUCGAUGCAAACUCCACCCUCAGCGACCAGUUCCCUGGGGUCAUGCCACGCAUAACAGGGGAAGAAAGGUUCCUGACUGUCGCCUCGCACUCCACAGCCUUUCUCAAGGCUGUGAUGCAGGGUUUGCAUGCUGGCUCCACAGAUGCCACCAAAACGGUGGGUCACCCUGUCCAUCGUUGCUGCACCGAGGGGUGGACCUGGCUGGUCCUUUCGGACCUGCUGGAGGAGGCUUUCCCGACUCUGCCGUUGCUUUAUGCCUCGGCCCUCAAUGCCUCCAACACAGCUCAGGUGGAGUCCACCGAGGUGGAAAUCCUUGCAACCUUGAGCAAACACAUGCAGAUGGGCAAGACUGUCGAGGAAGCUAUCGCAGCAACAAAGCAAGGAUCCCCUUCGUGCUCCGACUACAUCGACGUGAUUGCUGUCUUCGCUAAAAGGUUCACUGGAGGCCAAGGAAUGCCACUGGCCCAGUUUCUGCAGGCCUUCUCGAAGGUCUACGGAAAAUCCAUAAUGGUCGGCAGCGACUUUAUGCGAACUGUGACGUUCACAGACUUCAAAAUUCAAGGUGAGCUGAUGCCGCUCUUUCGCAUCGCAUGCCUAGCAUGCCAAAUCGCCAGCCCAAAGAUCGUCGACAAGAUCGGUCGCUUGGUGACGAAGUCGGAUGUCGAGAAGUUGAAGGGGAAAGCGAAGUUGUUGGAUGCUGAAGACGUCCUUCGCACAGCCUGGUCGGCGAUGCAAGUUGCAGGUCAUGUGGCCGAGGGCCAGAAGCGCACAGCCUUCGGCCGAUGCUGUCUCAGGGUCGUCUUGCAUAUGACCCAGAAGGAAAAGCAAGGCCGAGAGAACAAGGAAUGGCCCUCGCUGCAGGCCAUCGGGGCUGCUUUCGCAGAGGACAUGUUGGGGAUGGCAGCUUCGAGUUUGUCGACCACCACCCAGCAGGCCUCCUUUGACAACUUGCUCGACACUACCAAAACGGGAGUGUUGUUGAUGCAGAAUCCCCACCUACAGGUGGGAAGCAAUUACACCAACAGCGAGCACGGCUCCAAGCUCUUCACCCUGGUGUCUGUUGCAGACGAGAUGGCCAAGUUCGAGCACAAGCCCUACUUCGGGGAUGUCGCGGUCCUGGAUGUUGCCAUGGAUGGCCCCUUGCAGUGCUGGAAGAAAAGCAAGAGGGAUGUGCCUGCUGGCUUAUCAGAGGCAGAAGCUCGAGCUGUGUCUGUCAGCAACAGCAGCUUCGUGAAGGCCUCCAUCACCCUUGCAGAGGCCCAGGUGAAGCUCUACAAUGCCUUCGUGAGCGACCAUGACGACGUUUGGUCGAAGAUCCAGGUGUUCGCGCCUCCAGCAGUGGUGGUGGCUUCGGUGUCAAUCCCUGCCCGACAGCUGAUCUUGACUGCCUAUGGCCAGUUGGUGCCUGUGAAGGAGAAUGCACCCAAAGGAAAGGGAUCCUACUACGUGGACCAGUACUUGCUCCAGGCUCCCAAGGCUGUCGCUGAUUUCGACAAGAUCGAUGGCAAGACGGCCCUGGUGCCGUUUUGGUAUGUGCGGUGCACCAAUGAAUUUUCGGAAGUCAACAUGCAGCUCGUGCACCAGGUGCUGGAUGGAAUGUCGGUGCCGAGCUUCAGGUCGAUGAAGGACUUGUCUCCAGGAGACACCCUCUGCUAUGCAUCGGAGAACUUGGUCCUCAAGCAAGCUCAGGCCUCGUCGGCCCCUUCGCUUCGGCCCGCGAAGAGGAUUAAGGCCAAGGGCGCUGCAUCGUGA